CGUGGCAUUAAUUGCCACUACCAUGGCAUUAAUUGCCACAACCUAUGAUCUUGUUUUCCUUUUCUUUGGUUCUGACAGGAAUCCUGGCAUCCACGAAGUUUAUAACAGGCACAGGGCCUCGUCGUACACACUACACAGUGCACUCUGGACUGUCGGAGGUUUCGGACUUUCCGCCGGAUCACUGGCCAUGAGCUCCGUGACGAAUUUGCUAUGCUUCGUUCUGGGAGCAGCGGCCACGGCAGCCUUUGUGGCGCUGCUGCCACCGUCUGCUCCGCGCCCGUACGCCGUCGCAGAUCUCGGCAUGAGGAAGCUGAGCACGGCCGCGGCUGCAAGCGACGACGGGCUCGCGGAGCUGCUCCGGAGCGCGUCCAUGGAGGACAAGACCGUCAUCCUGACCUUGACUAAUGAGGCGCAUGCGAUGCCCGGCUCGGUCCUCCAGAUCAUGCUGGACAGCCUCCGCACCGGCGUGAGGACGCAGCACCUCCUGAAGCACCUGGUAGUGGUGGCCACGGACCCCAAGGGGCUGGAGCGGUGCCGGCGCAUGCACCCGCUCUGCCACCUUCUGGUCGCGAACGGCAUGUCCGCGAACGGCACGAAGCUCAUGUUCUACGACAAGGACUACGUGGACAUGAUGUGGGCGCGGAACAGGUUGCAGGCGCGGGUGCUGGCGCUGGGCUACACCAUGCUGUUCACCGACCUGGACAUCCUGUGGUUCCGGAACCCGCUGCUGCGCAUCCCGGUCGGCGCCGACAUCACCCUCGCCUGCGACAACCAUUUCGGCAGCAACCCGUACGACCUGGACAAGGCCGCCAACAGCGGGUUCGUGUACGCGAGGCCGACCGCGGCGACGCUGGCCUUCUUCGAGGGCUGGUACGAGGCGAGGACGCGGUGGCCCGGGGAGAACGACCAGGUGGUGUUCCGGGAGAUGAAGCACGAGCUGGCGGCGAGGCACGGCGCGACGGUGUACCUGGUGGACACCACCUACUUCCAUAACGCGUGCGAGGAGUGGAAGAAGUUCAACUUCCAUGAGAUUUGCAUCUUCCACGCGGCCUGCAUCCACGGCCUGCAGGACAAGAUCGACAGGCUCCACGCCGUGCUCCACGAGUGGAGGCAGUUCCAGGCGCAGCAGCUGCUGCUCGGCGCCAACAGCACCGCGCUCACCUACUGAUCAAACGUUCUUCGGUCCUCUCCUCGCUCGCUGCCUCUUUGUUUGCUUCCUUGUUUUACUGGAUAAUAAGAUUGACCUCUGCUACGUACUCCCUCCUUAAAGAAAUAUAAAAAGGUUUAGAUAAUUAAAAUAAUCAUCUAAACACUAUUAUGUUUUGUAGGGAGGGAGUACUAACUAGCACAGCGACCACGCAUUUGUGCGGCUAGAUUUGUUAUGAGUUUUAUGUAUCGAUAAUUUUAAACCUUUUUUCUUCAUUUUA